UUAAGGAAUUGGGCAUUAGAGAGUAUGGGAUGUGAUGCGUUCGCUGCUCAUCUCCUGUUCACUUCUGACGCUUUCCUCGCUACACUUCACAACAGCAUCGUAUCAUGAACGAAAACUGUACGAGGAUCUCAUGCGCGACUACAACAAUUUGGAACGUCCUGUAGCAAAUCAUUCGAAGCCGGUCACCGUUUACCUCAAGGUCUCUCUACAACAAAUUAUCGACGUUGAUGAGAAGAAUCAAGUCGUUUACGUAAAUGCAUGGUUGGAUUACGAAUGGUCCGAUUACAAACUUACCUGGGACAUCAGCGAGUACGGCAACAUAACAGAUGUUCGAUUUCCUGCUGGAAAAAUUUGGAAGCCUGAUGUGUUACUGUACAAUAGUGUGGAUCCUAACUUCGAUUCUACUUAUCCAACAAAUAUGAUUGUUUACAAUGAUGGCAAAGUACACUGGGUACCGCCUGGAAUAUUCAAAAUCUCCUGCAAAAUCAAUAUAGAGUGGUUUCCCUUUGACGAGCAACAGUGCAAAUUCAAGUUUGGUUCCUGGACUUACGAUGGAUAUAAGCUUGAUCUGCAACCAGCCGAAAAGGGUGUCGAUGUAUCAGAGUAUUUGCCCAACGGAGAGUGGGCACUACCACUGACUACUGUGUCGAGAAACGAAAAGUUUUACGAAUGUUGUCCUGAGCCGUAUCCAGAUCUUACAUUUUACCUUCAUAUGAGGAGGCGCACACUUUACUACGGGUUCAAUCUCAUUAUGCCGUGCAUUUUAACAACAUUGAUGACUCUAUUGGGUUUUACCUUGCCCCCAGAUGCUGGUGAAAAAAUUACCUUGCAAAUCACUGUGCUCCUGUCGAUUUGCUUCUUUCUCGGCAUCGUCUCGGACAUGUCACCGCCAACUUCGGAGGCAGUCCCUCUUCUAGGAGUUUUCUUCAGUUGUUGUAUGAUUGUUGUCACUGCCUCGACAGUAUUCACGGUGUAUGUGCUCAAUCUUCACCAUAGAACAGCUGAAACACAUGAAAUGAGCGCUUUUAUGCGCUCGAUAAUGUUGUACUGGCUGCCAUGGAUGUUGCGAAUGAAACGGCCAGGAGUGAAGCUCACAUAUGCCUUACUUCCUUCACUUUUCAGUCAUAAAUUGAAAUGUCAUUCUGAAUCACUCAUUAGGAAUAUCAAAGAAACGGAGUCCAAUACUUCCAGAUCAAAUUCUUUGGAAAUUGAACGACGUCUCCACUUUUACAUGUCAUCCUCUGGGCAGAUGAAUGGCGUCUCUCCUCCAUUGGCAGCAAUGCAAAGUUCACAAAUCUCCGCUCCCAUCGAUCUCGGUCAGCAAGCGACAUUGCUGAUUCUACAACGGAUAUACCACGAACUCAAGGUGGUAACAAAACGUAUGGUGGAAGCCGAUCGUGAAGAGGAAGCGGCGAAUAACUGGAAAUUUGCUGCGAUGGUGGUAGAUCGACUAUGUCUCUACCUUUUCACAGUAUUUAUACUAGCCUCAACUGUUGGCAUUUUCUCAUCUGCCCCGUAUCUUGUUGCCUAAUUUUUCUAGUAGCUGUGAGUAUAGAUCUUCAAUUCAUAUCAUUGCCUUCUUCUUCGUAACACUACUAGGUUGAACAUAACAGAAAAGCAAAUUUCUAAAACAAGGUGAGAGCUCAUUUCUUCAAGAGCUUAUGUGUUUCUUCAUAUUGUUUUCUGGAGCUCUGUAGGUAAAGUGUUUCCAACCAUGAGCUUUUGUUGUGGGUCCCUUUGAUGAGCUCUUUUUUCGUUUCGUGUGAUAUAAUUUUAUAUUGGUGUUACAUCGCUCAAAUCCAGUUUGGAAAAAGCCGUAGUCAUUCACAAUCAUACUUUACAAAAGAGAUAAAUAAUUUUGAUCUUGUUGAAUGUUUGUAACUCAAAACCCAAAUAAAAUGCG